UUUGCAGAGGCAACCAGUCCUCAGUCGGCAUCACCGCCCCAAACCUCCACACUGCAUCACGCCCUGAGUGGAAUGGAAGAAAAGGACAAGAAAGAAAAUGGGGAGUAUACCGGAGAGAUAAAGGGAGGACUGCGGCCUUCAAUGAAGCUGCUUGUUAUGGGAAUUAUUAACCAAAAACCCAAGAACAUGGAGGUGGUUCUGUCCAGUGAGCCUCAGGACGAGGACACAGACGGCGACGUGGGACUUCAGUUGAAGGUGAGCUUCGUGGACAAGGCCGUCCAUCGCAACGCUCGCCUGGCUGGAAAGUGGGGAAGACCUGAAACUACCCUCUCCUACUUUCCGUUUGCAGCUGGAGAAUCCUUCAAGAUGGAGAUCGUUUGUGAGCACCAGCAGUUUCGCAUCUUGGUGGACGGACAGCCUCUGUGCGGAUUCACCCACCGGCUCUCCCGGCUCGCCUCCCUCACUGCCUUACGGGUCUCCGGAGACUUCCAGCUCACCAAGGUGGCCUAGCACCCGCACCCGCAACGGUGCCAACGGUUAGAAUAGAGCUAAUUUGAAUGAAUUAACCCGUGACGGGCCUGUGGGGGAACAGAGUGACGCCUGCCUCGUAAUCACGUGUUAAGUGCCUUCACUAGAUUACCUGUUUGGGGACUUGAAGUUAGACUGAAUGUAACAGUCUUCUAUGUCUUAAAUAAACCAAGGAAUGUGAUUUGAACUCUUUGUGGUCUAAACGAUAGUAUGUUCCCUUCCCGAUGAACAUUUGCACAGACGUGAUGCGUCACUGCUGAAAGGAGUGCUGCAUCCGUCUGUGUGCAUUCGAGUCUCAGACGUCUGUCUUUGAUUUCUCUGGAGUUAACUUUUGAAAGCACUUACGUUUACGAGC